CGAGACAAUCAUUACAUAUACACUCACACAUACGCACAUUUUUACCGUAAGUGCGGUGUUUUUUUCUUAGGUAAAGUUUAUUUUAUAUUUUUAGAUAAUCAUAGUUUAAAAUUAAAAUUCGAUUAAAAGACGUCGACCGGAGAUUGUGCGAGUGUCGGAUCCGCACCCGUAUUCCGUUAUACUCCUCAGUCGAUCAUCGUCGUCGUCAACCGGUAUUCUGUGUUUUAGAUGGCGAUAAACUUUUAUGGGAAACACAAAAUGGCCGGUGUCAAUGAGUGUUUUUCUAUCGGUAGUAUUGUCGUUUGUACUAACUGCUUCGACGAGGAGAUUGAAGGCGAGGUGCUCGGAUUUGAACCAAAUACGAAAAUGUUGAUUUUGAAAUGUCCAUCAACUAGUAACAAUUCUACAUUAAAUGACAUUAAUAUAGUAAACCUCGCAUUUGCCAAAGAUGUGCAAGUUAAAAAAGAAUCUAAUUUUGUUCCACCGCCGUUGCCUUCAUUAAAUUUAAAUAGGAUAAAUAAUAGAAUAAAAACUCAAAUACAAGAUAAGAAACGUCAGAUAUCAGCUAUGUCAGCUAAUGUUUCUCCAGAAGCACAAAAAUUGUAUAUGACUAUAACCAAAACGAUUCCAGAAGUAUCUUGGCAGGGACAGAAUAUUGUUGUGUAUGAUCAGGUUAUAAUAAGUCCUCCUUAUAAGCCUGAAAAUGUCAAAGGUACAGGCAAUCCAGAAGAUAAAGCUAUAGUGUACAUAAAAAAUAUAGUGGAGAAACAUUUUAAAGAUAAUGCAAUUCAACAAGUAUCUUCUACAUCUACAACACAUCGGAGUAAACCAACUGCAACAGCUUCACAAUCACAAUAAUUUACAAUUCUAAGUGAAUAUGUUGAAAUAAAUUAAUAUAACUUAUUAAGUCAAAUAUAACAGAAAAGAGGGGAGUUUUUUUUGUAGAGAUGUUUAUUACCAAUUGUCAACAAUAUUCUUGAAUAUUCAUUGAAUAAACUUUGUUUUUUGUAUCUAUAAAUUAAAAAAAAAUCAGUAAUUGAUUUAAA